AUGCAUUAUCAGGAGAGGGAAGAUUUUCAGAUAUAUGUUCAGUGCAUCAGUUCGUUGCAAACUGGAAUUGAAGAACAAAUAUGCAAUCAACAUGAGAAUGAAAAGUAUAAAGAUACUGGCAUCUUCUCCAAAUUUUGUACUAACAGACAAAGAAUUAAGGAGAUGCAAGCAUCCUUUGGAGAAUUGCAUAGAGUAUGUGUCUUGAGAGAUGCUAAGCAGGCAGAAGAAGAAUUCAGAGCAAAAAUAUGUAAUUAUGUACUUGCAAUGCAUGGCAAUGAAAACAAUGUUUGUAAAAGAUCCAUAUGCAUAUUGCCAACAGCUAGUGAACAAGUUGGAUUGGAAGGGCUGAACGGUAGUUUGUAUAUGGUAGUUGAUACGUUUGUUGACGAAUCUGUCCGUCGCAAUUUAGCAUCUUCUAUUUUGUGUGAUUUACCUACCAAUAGUGCUGAUCCAGAAAAGCUUGGCUGUUACUAUAAAUGCAUCGCAGAAUUUGGAUUUAACCAUAUUAUUGUAAUUGGAGAAAUGUUAUAUGGGUUGCUCUUUAUUGAUUGCUACGGACGGGUUUUUCAAUGGGAGGAUAUGGAACAGGUAUUAUGGCCAGUAGGGGAUUCAUUGGAAGAUAUGAAGCCAUAUAAAGAUCUUGUCAUAUGGACUGUAGAAGAUGGUGUUGUAUAUGAAGAAUCUAAAGAUUCUUUAAAACCAAGUUCAGUUAAAGGUAUAAAAAACAAUCACUCAAGGAAGAAAAAGAAAAAAAAAUAA